CGUGGUCCCGCCCACCACCGUGGCGACUAGGCAAGGGCCCGGCCUUUGGCCCGCCGGGCUCUAAUAGCUGGCGCUGAGAUGGCCCAUUCGAACGGAGUCUUGCAGCCGCAAGCCGAGACGGCCGAAGUGACCGCGGAGCAACCGGAGAGCUACCAGCUUCGCCAAGAGAACGAGCUGCAGGUGCUGGAGUCCAUCUACGGGCGGGACUUUCAAGACCUGCGUCUUGGCCGGCCGUGGAAGAUACGGGAAUCUCCUGAAAUCAAUCUUGUCUUGAGACCUCAGGGAUUAACUGGUGACCACGAAGUCUAUGCCAAAGUUGACUUAUGGGUGAAAUGUCCGCAAACCUAUCCCGAUAUUGUUCCAGAAAUAGAACUUAAAAAUGUGAAAGGCUUAUCAAAUGAAAAUAUAAACUUGUUAAAAUCCAAACUAGAGGUAUUAGCAAAAGACAGUUGUGGAGAGGUGAUGAUAUUUGAGCUGGCAGAAUACAUACAGUCAUUUCUCAGUGAUUACAAUAAACCGCCUUCAAAAUCUUUCCAUGAAGAAAUGCUAAAGAAUCAACAAAAGGAACAAGAAAGACUAGCCAAGGAAGAACAACAACGAAUUCAAGACCUGAAGAAAAAAGAAGAACAGAUGCAACGUGAAAUUCUUGACGAAAUUCAGAGAAGGGAGGAAGAAAAAAGAGAAGAAAGAAAAAGGAAGGAAAUAGCAAAACAGGAACGCUUGAGUAAUACCACUCUGACAAAGCAGGAUCCUUCUACUGUUCAAGAUGUUGCAGGGAGCAAAACGACUGUCAGCAUAACAACUGGUGCAACAGACCAUAUAGGGAAUAAUAAAUAUCGUGCAAAUUCCACAGGACGUUCAAAGAGAGAGCGUCAGUAUUCUAACUGCAGCAGUGAAGAAUCUCCAGGAACAUGUGAAAUUUUGAACUUUAAUAGCAGUGCAAACGGUCAGCUUAAAGUACACAAAGGAAAAUGUAUAGGCAAAGAUGAAGAACUUGGUAAAUCAAUCUACAAUGCUUUAGAUAUUUGUUCUGGCAACUUUGUCCAAGUGCAUGAAUGGGUACUUCAGUGGCAAAAGAAAAUGGGAAAAUUUCUCACGACUCAAGAAAAGGAAAAGGUUGAAAAGUGUAAAAAACAGAUACAGGGAGCAGAAACAGAAUUCAACUCUCUGGUGAAAUUAAACCAUCCUAACAUCAUGCAUUACCUAUCUAUGACCUUUAAAGAGCACAGUGACUCAAUUGUAGUACACAUAUUGGUGGAACACAUCAAUGGAUCUAACCUUUCUAUGUACUUGGACAGAGACAUCCCACUUCCCAUGGAUCAGUUGCGCCAUUACACAACUCAGCUUUUGUCAGCUCUUGACUAUUUACAUAGUAAUUCAGUGGUCCACAAAGUUUUGAAUGCAUCCAGCAUUCUGGUAGAUACUGAAGGAAACAUCAAGAUGACUGACUACAGUAUUUCCAAACGUUUAGCAGAAAUCUGUAAGGAGGAUGUUUUUGAGCAAACCAAAGUCCGAUUUAGUGAAGAUGCCUUACCCAACAAACCAGGGAAAAAAGGAGACGUAUGGAGAUUGGGUUUGAUGUUGCUUGCUCUCAGCCAAGGAUGGCAAACCAAGGAAUAUCCAAUCAUAAUUCCAAGUGAUUUGCCUGAUGAUUUUCAAGACUUUUUGAAAAAGUGUGUUUGCUUGGAAGAUAAAGAAAGAUGGAGUCCUCAACAGCUACUACAGCAUAGUUUUGUUAAUCCACCACUAGUAAAAGCACCCAUACUGGAAGAAAGCCCAGACGAUUCAUCAGCAAUAGACGAUAUCGAAACUGUUAUUUCUAGCAGUCACAUUGCCAGUGAUGUUCACGUCACAGAAACACAGAGGCAACUUUCACGUUAUUACAAUGAAUUUGAAGAACUACAGCUGCUUGGAAAAGGAGCUUUUGGAGCAGUCAUCAAGGUCCAGAACAAUCUAGAUGGCUGCUGUUAUGCUGUGAAGCGUAUUCGUAUAAAUCCCACAAGCAAGCAGUUUCGAAGAAUCAAAGGGGAAGUAACGCUUUUGUCACGACUAAACCAUGAGAACAUUGUGCGAUAUUACAACGCCUGGAUAGAGAAAUAUGAGGGUCCUCUGCUUAACAGUUCUGCAUCAGAAAGCACCGAAGAGAAGAAAAUAGCUGAGAAGUUGGCUGAGAACGGGAAAGGUGAGCAGGUGUUUGUGGAUGACAUAGAAGCAAACGCCCCUCCUCCUAUCCUGACCAGUUCGGUGGAGUGGAGCACCUCUUGUGAAAGAUCGUCCAGUGCCAGGUUCAGCGGAGCUGAUCAGGAAUCCAGUGAUGAUGAUGAUGACGACGAUGAUGAAGGGGAAGGAGUCUUUUCGCAGUCUUUCUUGCCAGCAGCAGAUUCUGAAAGUGAUAUCAUUUUUGAUCAUGAAGAAGGCAAUAGUAGAAAUCAGAUGAUGGAUGAAGACUACAAGGAAAAAGAUAGUUCUAGUGAAGAAAACAAAACAUCAGUGAUUCAGACUGUGCACCAUCUUUAUAUUCAGAUGGAGUAUUGUGAAAAGAGCACAUUACGAGAUACCAUUGAUCAAGGUUUAUACCAAGAUACCAAUCGUCUUUGGAGACUUUUCCGGGAAAUAUUGGAUGGUUUAGCUUAUAUCCAUGAAAAGGGAAUGAUUCACCGAGAUCUGAAACCUGUCAACAUUUUUUUAGAUUCAGAAGAUCAUGUGAAAAUUGGUGACUUUGGUUUGGCAACAGAUCACCCAGCUAAUACAGUAGACUCUAAACCUGGAGAAGUUUCCAACCAAAAUGUGGUUGCAAAUGAUCCAUUGGGAAACUUAACAGGAAUGGUUGGCACUGCUCUUUAUGUGAGUCCAGAAGUCCAAGGAAGUACUAAAUCUACAUACAAUCAGAAAGUGGACCUCUUCAGCUUGGGUAUAAUAUUCUUUGAGAUGUCCUAUCAUCCAAUGACUACUGCAUCGGAAAGAAUCUUUGUUCUUAGUCAGUUAAGGCUUCCAUUUAUUGAAUUUCCAGAAGACUUUGAUGAAGUAAAAAAUGCAAAACAGAAACUGGUGAUUGCUUGGCUAUUGAACCACGAUCCUUCAAAACGGCCAACUGCUAUGGAGCUCUUAAAAAGUGAACAUCUUCCACCUCCUCAGUUGGAAGAGUCUGAACUUCAUGAAGUCCUUCAUCAUACUUUAGCAAAUGUGGACGGAAAAUCAUACCGGACCAUGAUGGACCAAAUAUUCUCCCAGCGCAUUUCUCCCGGAAUAGAUUAUACCUAUGACAGUGAUAUCCUCAAGGGCAGCUUUACAGUUUGGUCAACCAAGAUUCAACAACAUGUGUGUGAGACAAUUAGCCGAAUUUUUAAAAGACAUGGAGCUGUCAAGAUGCAUACUCCCCUGCUGAUGCCUAGGAAUAGAAAACUCUAUGAGCACAAUGAAGCUUCAUAUUUGAUGGACCACAGUGGAAUGCUGGUGAUGCUUCCUUAUGAUCUCAGAAUUCCAUUUGCUAGAUUUGUAGCUAGAAAUAAUAUAACAAACUUGAAAAGAUACUGCAUUGAGCGAGUUUUCAGGCCUCGGAAACUAGAUCGUUGUCAUCCAAGAGAACUCUUAGAAUGUGCAUUUGAUAUCAUCACACCUACUGGAAAUAGUUUUUUACCUAUUGCAGAAACCAUCUACACAAUCUGUGAAAUAAUCCAGGAAUUUCCUGUGCUGCAAGAAAGAAAUUAUAGUAUCUACUUAAAUCAUACUGCCUUGCUGAAAGCAAUCCUUCUGCAUUGUGGGAUCACUGAAGAUAAGCUCAAUCAAGUUUACACAAUCCUGUACGAUGCUGUGACUGAAAAGCUAACUAAAAGAGAAGUAGAGGCCAAGUUCUGCAAUCUUUCCCUUUCAGCAAACAAUCUUGUUCGACUUUACAGAUUUAUUGAGCAAAAAGGGGAGCUGCAAGAUCUAACCCCGUUGUUGAAUACUAUGGUGAAGGAAAAGACAGGAGUUGCCUCGUUAGUGAAACUUGGCAUGAAAGACCUGGAGGAAACAGUGGGUCUGUUAAAAAAACUUGGCAUAAAAUUCCAGGUUUAUAUCCAUAAAUUGGGCUUGGUUUAUAUACAGCAGCACAAUGGAAUUAUAUUUCAGUUUAUUGCAUACAUUAAACGGAGACAAAGAACAGUUACUGACAUUCUUGCUGCUGGAGGUAGAUAUGAUCAUAUGAUUUCACAAUUCAGAGGUCCAGAGGCAGUUGGUCUUGUUCCUUCAGCUGUUGGAGUCAGCAUAGCUGUGGACAGAAUAAGUUCCACAGUUUUGAAUAUGGAAGAGCCAUUUACAGUGAGCUCCUGUGAUUUGUUAGUUGUUAGUGUUGGCCAAAAAUCUAUGGAAAGAGCCAUAAACGUUGUUCAGAAGCUCUGGGCUGCAGGAAUUGCAGCUGAAAUUAUGUAUGACUGGUUUCAGUCCCAGGAAGAAUUACAGGAGUAUUGCAGAUGUUCUGGAAUCACCUAUGUGGCCCUCAUUUAUGAUAAAGAAGGAAAUCAUGUUAAGAUAAAAUCAUUUGAAAGGGAAAGGCAGACAGAAAAAAGACUCUUGGAGUCUGAUGUAGUGGACCAUCUGGCUCAGAAACUGAGGACCAAAUUCUAUGAUGAAAGAAUAGCAGGUAGCAACAAAGAAAUUUGUGAUAAUGUCACAACACAAAAUCUGAAAGGAUCAUUUUCCAAUAAUUCAGGUUUGUCUGAACCACAUGGAAGCAGUAUACCAAAUGUAUACAUUUUUCCACCAGAAAAGUUGUCAGCAAGUGCCAGACGACGUUAUGAAGCUCAGGUACAAACCAAACUCCAAGCUUGCUUUACUAGUUCCCCGCUGAAACUGAGUGAAGUUGAAUUUUUAGCAGUUGAUCUACCAAAGGAAACCAUAAUACCCUUCUUAUCAUUAGAGUUUGAUGACCAAGCUUUCUAUACAACUGUGAAACAAUUGAUGUCUCGACUGCCGAAGCAAAGAUAUAUUAAACAAGUUUGUGAUGAAAUUUAUACCAUCAAAAUAGAAAAAAAAGUGCCUAUCCUUGUUCUCUACAGUUACAAAGACGAUUACUUCAAAAUCCUGUUUUAGUUAUGUCAGGAUUAAAGUCAGGAUAAUGAAUGGGACAAAAUGUGUGCUUCCAAUUAUGUUAAUAUAAAGAAAACUUGCAUUAAUAUAAAGAAAACAUGCUGAUUCCCCAUUCCUUGGACAAUCGCUACCUUUCUAAGUAUUACGUUGAGCUCAUGUGCCAUAGUUGGCAUCUUUAAUGGUGUAAAUCUUUUCAAAAUAUAUUGUACAUAUAUUUUUCAAAAUAAAAUAAUCUUCUGGUA